AUGGUUCGUCACAGUCUACAGAAAGCGGCCCUCAGCCUGCUGGGCAUCGCCGCAACGUCAGCGGCGCGGGCCAUACUGCCGCGGACCGCCGCGGAGCAACAAGCCGCCCCGUCGAGCAACCUGCUAGACUAUGCCUCCGGUGGCGGGGCAUCAUCCAGCAGCGGGGACGCCGCGUGCGACUUCACCGUUGCGGCCGGCGCCCUGGCGUUCCCCAACGCCCGCAUCGUCCACCAGCAGGGCGGCUUCGUCGACUGCAACGCCCGACUCCUGCUUUCGGAUCUGCCGGCGGGUUACCAAUUCUCUGUCUCGAGUGCCUCCGUGGCGGGGUACCUGAAUCUCGAACCGGGGACCUAUCUGGAUAAGAUCGAAGUGCAGCUGGCUUACCCGGGUCUGGGAGGCAAGUCUUCUCUUUCGGACGUAGGCAGUGUCAAGAAUGCAUACGGCAAGUCCGGGACGGGGUACGACGGGGUUUUCGACAUCUCUCUACCCAUGUCACCCGUAUCACGAACCGGUUCGCUGGCCGUAUCGCCAUGUUUCACGUCGGCAACAGAUGAUGGGACGACGCUGGCGGUGGAGCUGUUUCUCUCAUUGGUCCACGAGCAGAUCGAGUUUGAUGACUCGACUCCCCAUUAUGGCUCUGUGGGUGGUGACGGGCCCGAUCAGCAGUUGAGAGUUGGCCUUGAGGCCGAAUGGUCGAAGUGCUAG